CGUCCAUCCUUAAGCGUUGACCCUAUUGUAUGGCUACUGAUGAUCCGCCACCAGCGCACCCGUCUCCUUCGUUGGCGACUAGGCUGGAUGCCAAACGGCAGCGCCGAUGCUACGUGCCGCAACUGCCCAGAACACCGACACCUUUCCCGCAUGCAUGUCAUCCUCUGUCUCCAGACACAUACCAGGCUCAAUGCUCCUUCUGUUGUGCUUAAUCCAAUAUCGUUUGUUCUCAACUCGUUCCCCAAGACACGACCAACCAACACGUCCAAAAAGCAGUUUUGGAAGAACAUGUGGCAGCAACUGACGACUCUGUCAGCGGAUAUCGACGUCCUUAGCCAC